AGGAAGGCUGGAGAGGCAAUGCUCUGAUGGGGACUAUGGAGUUUCAGAAAGACCCCAGUGCAGUAGCUCUAGAAAUGCUCUUGAUAGUCCAGCCCGAGAAGAGGAAGAUGGUGCAGAGGCUGCAGAUGGACAGACAGACGGAGAGCCACGCUUCACAUCAAAGCGAAGGCUUUCGAGGGGAUGGCAAUGGAAACAACAAACUAGGAAAUGAGCUUCAUGGCCAUGCAGCUCAGAUGCAGCAAGUCAUUACUUCCAGCUCUGCCCAAGGAACCCACGUGACAGUAGAAGUACAUGCUAGAAAUUCUACCCCACAGUUAUUCAAAAAACUCUCCUUUGGGAAAGAGAACAGAAAACGCAGACCCCGUCCACCGGGUUUGAAAGACCAGCAUGCUUACCCAUGGGACAAGUCAUGCUUGAAAUCCAUACCUUUUGACCUAAAGGACUUUGAGAAAUUGGAUGCAUAUGCAACAAAGGUGACCGCCAAGAGUACUGUGGAGGAGCUAGUGAAAACCUUGCUUCGCGUAGCACGUACCGACCUGGAAAAGGUUAGGGCCAUUUGGACAUGGAUAUGCCAUCAUAUAGAAUAUGAUAUUGUGGGCUUCUUUAACAAAGACCAGCAGUCUUUCAAACCCAAGGAUGUUCUCCAGAGCGGAAAGAGCAUUUGCGAGGGAUACGCUGGGCUCUUUGAACAAAUGUGCAGUAUUGCAGGAGUGCAAUGCAUGAAUUUAUCUGGUUAUUCUAAAGGCCAUGGCUACAGGGCUGGGGAGACUUUCACAGGAGAGUAUGACCAUGCCUGGAAUGCAGUUUACCUUGAUGGAAGGUGGCAUUUGGUGGACAGCACCUGGGGAAGUGGCUCCAUUGAUGACUGCUUCAGCAAAUUUACCUUCAGAUACAACGAAUUUUAUUUCCUCACCCACCCCGCCCUAUUUAUUAAUAAUCAUUUCCCAGACAACAGCAAUUGGCAGCUCCUCAAACCAGCUGUGACAUUGAAACAGUUUGAGAGCAACAUGUUAUAUAAGAGUGACUUUUACAUGAUGGGAUUGCUGGCAGCCCACCCAGAAACACCAAUUAUUCAAACAGUAAAUGGGAAAGUAGUAGUAGCUGUGGAGACUCGUUUGCCGAUGCUGUUCAUGUUUGAACUGAAAGGGGCAAAGGAAUAUAGCUUGAUGACUCUGAAGAGGAAUGGGAUGAAUCUGGAGCUCUACCCACAGAAGACGGGGACCCAUAAGCUACAGAUCUACGCCAAACCAUCCAAGAGCUCAGAUGAAGUCUACAAAUGUGUGAUAGAAUAUACAUUAGAGUGUAGCUCUGUAGACAGGAACGUCUGCUUUCCAAAGGAACUUCAUCAACCUGUUGGGCCCAGCUGGUUCUCAGAGAGACAAGGAUUCCUCAAGCCCUCGCAAAAAGGCCCAAUCAUUCAUACCAGUGACGGGCGCUACGAUCUCAGCUUCAUCCUCAGUAAGGACUUGAGUGUUUUAGCUUCCUUGCAUUCGGGCAACGUAAGCCUCAGCGAGGAUACAACAAGACGGCACAUCUUGCAAGCUUGCCAAGGAAACCAGGUAGACUUUAAGAUCCAUCUUCCUCAUGCAGGGAACUUUGCUUUUAAAAUCUUUGCGAAAAAGAAGUCUGAUCCUGGAAAUUAUAACUAUGUCUUCAACUACCUCAUCUGCUGCCCAAACACCAAGGUGAAAUGGCCAGUGUUCCCCCAGACAUAUAGCAAGUGGGUGGAGGGUUAUGAGCUAGUGGAGCCGCUAGCCGGGUUGCUCCCUGCUGACCGCAACGUCAAGUUUAAACUCAAGCUUCAUAGCAUUGCCAAGGCAUUUCUUCAAUGUGAAAAAAUCUGCCCCUUGUCUUUAAGCAAGGAUGGCUACUGGGAGGGAUCUUGCAGCACAUCAGGCUGCACAGAGGUCUAUGUGAUGGUGCUGGAAAAUGCCAAUCACAAGUUCUACUCUCACAUCUUGAAAUAUGAAGUAGAGCCACAGUAGGAGGCCACUCCCACUCUUAUCAUCUGUCCACAUGUGCAGCGAGAUCUGAUAUAUCACAGUUCAUACCGCUCUCGAGUAAUUCCUUAAGGCUCCCUUAACAUUGGGGAAUAGCGCUCACCCCUCUCUGAAGCACCAACAAAACAAUACAACUUGAUCAAAACUUCCUGAAUGGUAUUACACAAUGAGUGGCAUUUGUAGGAAAUGUAUAGUUUCUUUACCAGUGUAACGUCAUACUUCCCAUAUACAUAAUUUCAACUAUAGAUUAUUCUUGUGCUACGGGCAUAGUACAUUUUGCACAUUUCCCCACCUCCAUUUUAGGAUGCAACUGCUGAUUUCUGAAUGGCUUACAUUCAACAAAUAUGUUAUGGGCAACAAAGGGGCAUUCUCUAACUCAUUGUGAGCCAGGAAGAGAGAAGGACCACACACUUUUGAGCAUCAAUGUGAGAGUGGCUGCAGAAUCUCAUCAAAGCACAUAUUGGUGCAAGAUUAUAAUCCAAAUGGAAGCUUUCUUGUGUGCACUUCAUUGUCUUACAAAUAUAAAUGAUACUGCGAA